AUGCCUCCAAAACUGUAUCAUCCUCAACCGACACACGCCAUACCUAGUCCCAAUAUGCGAACAGGUAGUCGGUACGAGCCCCAACCAGGAUUUCCUGCCGGAGUCUCCAUGACCUCUCCAUAUGAAAAUCCCAAUAUGGCUGCUGGCAUGGGCAUGCCUUCGACAGCAUCUUAUUUACCCAAUUCAGCUACUGCCCAAAUGGGUUUUCAGUUAGGCAGAAAUGCUGUCAACGCUGGUCAUGAGUAUGUGGAACAGAACUUUGGAAAAUGGCUUUCUACCACACAACUCCACCAUUACUUCUCGGUAACCAAUUCUUAUGUUGUAGCAAAACUAUUGCUGAUUAUUUUUCCUUGGCGUCGUAGGUCCUGGACUCGUAAACUGAAACGAUCAGAAAUGAAUGGUAGCGCUGAAGGAUACUGCGCUCCAGGAGAAGACUUAAAUUCUCCAGACAUGUACAUUCCCUUAAUGGCAUUCGUUACACAUCUUCUUUUAAUCUGUGCGCUUGCAGGCAUACAAGAUAAGUUCCAGCCUGAGCUUUUGGGAUUACGUGCUAGUAAAGCGUGUGGUGUAGUCUUUUUUGAGUUCUUGGCAACUCGCCUCGGAUGCUAUUUGCUAAACAUCUCAAACCAGAGCCAGGUCCUGGAUCUCUUAGCCUUUAGCGGUUACAAGUUUAUUGGUCUCAUUUUAACCUCCCUCAGUCGGUUAGCUGGCAUGCCCUGGUUUACUAGAUUUACUUUUCUUUACACCUACUUGGCCACUGCCUUUUUCCUUUUGCGCUCUUUGAAGUAUGCAGUGCUGCCCGAGUCUACGAUGGCCAUUAAUGCUACCAUAACCUCUCAUCAACGGAGUAGACGCAUAUACUUUCUUUUCUUCAUUGCUGCUUCCCAAAUUCUUUUUAUGUAUAUUUUAUUAUGA